CAAGCUGAAAAUCCUAUAUAAAUAGCCACCAUUCUUCGCCCUUUUCGUUUUUUAUUUACUUUUCUUUUAUUUGACAAUCAAGUCCUUUGUUUUUAUAAAUCACAAAAUGUCUACGCUCUUCAAUUCAUUCAUCACUGCUUUAUUCAUCUUUUCUAUAUAUCGACCAUUUAUAAGCAAACUUGACAAGGUCAAAUAUAUCACACUUGGCUCUAUUUCAUUCUUAAUACCCUUUACUCUACAUCAACACACUCAAUCAAGAAAUACACACAGUAUCAAUGGAACAUUUACAAGUGAUAGCAUUUUAAAAUUAAGGUCAUGGAAUGAUCUUACUGUCCAGCUACAUGAUAACGAUAACACCUUAUUAUUAAACGACUCAUUCACCCUUUUAUACAUCACCAUAUUUACAGUCUCACUCUGUGGAUUGCUCACUAGAUGGCAUUUCCCAAUUACAUUUGUUAAGCCUAAUUCUAAUAUUUAUAUUUCCGGUUUAAUGCGUCAUGGAAUAUCAAUUUGUCUCGUUGUACUUGCUAUAUUAAGAAACUCCUCUAAUUACAUACUUUCAUUUACCUUGGCUUCUAUUGGUGGCCUCUGGUACUUGUCAGGCCCUUACCUUAUUAGAAGAUGGAAGGCCAUCUCUGCAUCUUUAUUUAUCUCUUCUACUGCUGCAUACCUCAUUUGUAACUCCUCAAAGCAUGGCUUCUUCCACGCUUUGUCCUAUCAACACGCUUUGGCCUUUACUGCUCUCUUGGUCAUCGUCUGUAACGUCAUGGAUCAUCUCGACGCCAUCUUGAACACAUAUCCUCACUUGAUUACCUGCGACAAAGAUAAGCAAGCCAAGCUUCAAAACCCUUUAACCACUAUCUACUGGGUGGCCAUCUUUAGACUCGUCUUGAACAUGCCCUCUGAAUCCGACCUUCACACAGGCCCUAUUGAGGAUUUAAACACCGCUAUUCGCGCUCUUGGUCCUGCAUCCCGCUCAUGGAAGACCAUGGCUGCCCUGUUCCCUGCUAACCUUCGUCAAGACCUCUGUCUCCUUUACUCCUUCUUCCGUACUGCCGAUGAUUUGGUUGAUGAUGCUCCUACUCCUGAACAGUGUGAGCAAAACCUGGUAACCAUCCGAAAGUUCCUUCGUGAUGUCUUUACCGAAGCAUCCGAAAAGGAAGACCGUGUUGUAGCCACCACAAGUGAUGACUUAUCUGUACCUUCACAUGUUAACUGGGAUUACUACGCCUCAAUGCUUCCUAAUGAUGAUGUAUUGGCCAUCUUUAGAAAUUUUGCUCGUAUCUCUCAUUACCUUUGUCCUCGUGCCAUGUUUGAACUCACAGAAGCCUGGGAGCUCGAUCUUCGUGGAAAGCCUAUCAAAAAGCAAUCAGACUUACUUCGUUAUGCUGCUUUAAUCUCUGGUACCUUUGGUGAGCUCUGCACUUGUGUCAUUAUGUACAAGACUGGUCGCGGUAACUGGGGUGGUCGAGAUAAGACUGCUCGUAACGAAGACGUCUUGUCUAGAGCAAGAGCUACUGGUCAAUGCCUGCAACUGAUCAAUAUUGCUCGUGAUAUCAUUGCUGACAGUCUCGUGGGUCGCUGCUACGUACCUCUUCAAUACAUGCCUCAUCCUCCUCAAGCUAUCUAUCAACUUUUGAAAUUCGCUAGAAAUCCUAUGCAAGUAGGAGAAGGCACACUCAAAUCAUUUGCUAUCCGUAUCCUGAACUUGGCCGAUCAAAUCUCUGACAAGGCUCAAAGGGGAAUCGAUGGCUUACCUGAGGAAGUGCAAGAUAGUAUCCGUGCUGCUUUUGAAAUUUAUACUGCCAUUGGUCCCACUCUCCGUAAUGAUCCUGGCUUUCCUAUUCGCGCCAAGGUUCCCAAGCGUCAACAACAAUGGAUCGCACUUCGUUGUAUCUACGGUUUCCGUGGCCCUGUCGCCCGCGCAAUCGCUUCUGCUUACUAUCAAGCCGUAUCUGCUUACUUUGGUACCUUUGAUCGCCUAUCCGCAGCAAGGACUGCAACCAAGUCUUACUGAAUUAUUUAAAAACUUUUAAUAUCAUCAUUGUACACAGUUUAUAACUCUUAUAUUAUUUUUUCUUCAUUUUGUAUAUCCCAUCUUAUUUGUCUAUAUAUUUAUAUAUAAAGAAAGCCUAUCUUUUUUUUUUUUUUUUUUU